CCGAAUCAAAAAGCAUCGAAAUUAAAUCACUUUUAUCAAUCUCAGCUCAAAGCAAAUCUUCUAGAAGUUUCUCUCAAUGGCUCGUACAAAGCAAACUGCCCGCAAGUCCACCGGCGGCAAGGCUCCCCGGAAGCAGUUAGCAACAAAGGCUGCUAGAAAAUCAGCUCCGGCAACCGGCGGAGUGAAGAAGCCACACAGAUUCAGGCCAGGAACAGUUGCCUUGAGAGAGAUCCGUAAGUACCAGAAGAGCACUGAACUUCUGAUCCGAAAACUUCCUUUCCAGCGUCUUGUUCGUGAAAUCGCUCAAGAUUUCAAGACGGAUCUGAGGUUUCAGAGCAGCGCUGUUUCGGCUCUUCAGGAAGCUGCUGAGGCGUACUUGGUUGGACUGUUUGAAGACACAAAUCUUUGCGCAAUUCAUGCAAAGAGAGUUACCAUCAUGCCUAAGGACAUUCAGCUUGCAAGAAGAAUCAGAGGAGAGAGAGCUUAGUUUGUAUCUACUCCAAUUUCAUUUCCAAAUGUUUUUUUUUCUUCUUAUAAACCCUAGAAUGAGAUAGCGUCUACCAGCUUCGCUUCUCUGUGUGAGUCUUAAUCUCUAUUUCUAAAACCAUUUGAAUGUUAAUCAAUGAUGUUCAUACAUCUCUUUUAUAA